AUGCAUUCGCAGAGUGCUUGCUCUUUAAACCUAGGUCCCUCCGAUAUUGACAUCAGAAGGGAGGUCAGUCGCUCAAAGACUUCCACGAUAUAUGAGAUACAGCUAGUUGGGAAGAAAUAUGCUAUGAAGCUUGUGAGUUCGAUUUUGCCAUCCAAGGGCGAGCUGACAUACCAGUUCCAUGACAAUGGUGACCCAGGGUACACGAAAAAAGGCCGAGAUUUAAACCGCUUUCGCUGCGAAUUGAACGCCUAUAACAAUCUUCAUGAAUUCGGCGUUUGUGAUGGUGGCUUUGUUCCGGCUUUUCACGGCUACAUCGAUCGAAUUGAUCCGUCCGCUUUCCACCCACCGCUUAGACAUUUCGUCGGCGAUAAAUUCCAACCAAGGGCGAUCCUGCUUGAGUACUUGCCGGAUGCGGAAAGACUAAAUUGCGAGAAUUAUUCGGAAGAUCUCUUUCGCGAUGCGGUUGAUGGCAUAAAAGAGAUUCAUGGUGCUUUUGUCCAUCACCAUGAUAUUUACCCGAAGAACAUGCUUGUUGUGUCUGGUGACCGAAUUGUAUGGAUUGACUUUGAUGUUGCGACAACUUUCAGCAAUAUGGGUCCUCGUGAGAGAGCAUAUUGCGAAUAUGAAACCGAACUUGUUAAGAGUUUUGGAAAACUUUUGAGUGAGGACAAGACACAAGGUCUUCCUCCCAACACAAAGUACUAUUGA